AUGGCAAAUGUAUUUUGUCACUUACCUAAAAAAUUUGUGGACAAUACAACAGUUGAUGAUUAUGGAUAUCCAAUUUAUAGAUGUAAAGAUGAUGGAAGGACAAUAAAAAAAUUUUAUGUUAAUUUGGACAAUCGUUAUGUGGUCCCACACAACAUGAUGCUAUUAUUAAAAUACGGAACUCACAUAAAUGUCGAAUGGUACAACCAGUCUAGAUCAAUCAAGUACGUCAAUAAAGGUUGUGAUCGUGUAACUGCUUCAUUUUAUAGGAGUGCCACAGCACACUCUAAAAGCAACGAUUGUGAUGAAGUGAACAUGUAUUACGAUUGUCAAUACAUAUCACCAUACGAGGCUGCUUGGAGGGUCUUUGGGUAUAACAUGUACUACAGAGACCCUUCUGUUAUAAGGUUAGGUUUUCACCUACCCGACGAACAACCGGUUAUUUUUAAAGACAAUAAAUGCUUAGACGACAUUGCUAGAAAAGCAUCAGUUAAGGAGUCCAUGUUUUUAGGAUGGAUCGAGUCUAACAAAACUAAUGCAAAAGUACGCUACCUAACAUAUGUGGGAUUUCCUUCUAAGUUUGUUUGGAAGCCAGAUCCAAAGAAGUGGUUUCUGCGAAAAUCAAAUUCAGUCAUAGGAAGUAUUUUCCAUGUUCUACCAGGAUCAGGAAAAAUUUAUUACCUAAGGUUACUCCUAAUUUUUGUAAAGGGUCCUACUUGCUAUAAAGACAUCAGAACUAUUAAUGGUGUCGUAUAUUCAUCAUUUAGAGAUUUAUAUUAUGCAAUGGGAUUGUUGGAUGACGAUAAAGAAUACAUUGAUGCAAUCGAAGAAACAAGCCAUUGGGGUUCAGGAGAGUAG